GCUCAGUAGCUCAACAGAAAAGCGUCACUGAUGUGCUAAAGCUGCACUAAAUUACUCAUAUUGUGGUUAAAAGAUUAAAUUUUGUUAAAAUGCCGCGAGUCAAAAGCACCAAGUCUCUAAAAGAAAUCUGCUUCCAUUUUAUUUUGAAAAACCCGGAAUUUUUUUGUAAAACUUUUAGACUAGAAGAUGGAGGACGGAUGGAGGACGGUAAAAACGCCUUGGAUUCAGAUUUAGUAAACCCCAUCAACCAACUGCCUACUGUACUACUAGAAGAGCUUAUGCAGAUAACCAGGGAAAAGAAAAUUCGCAACGAAUUCUUGAAAGCAACCCUACUUAAAUCGCUCCUUUUCCUUGAACAACAGAUGACUAACAACCUUCGCACUUUGGAUCUCACUAUAGUGAAGAGAGGCACUGAUGUUUCUGAUAUUCUUCAUUUGGCUACGAUCAAAAGUCCGAACUUGGAAACGUUGUUACUUGAUUAUUUCACAUGCCAGUUGGCAAAUUUUAGCUUUAUCCCUAAAUUUACGAAACUUCGAAUACUGGACAUUUCAUUUCCGAAAACAGACGACGAUUGCUUCCUCCUCAUUGGUAAACACUGUCCAGAUUUAAGGGAGUUUCAUGCCAAACUUGGCAAAGUGACGGAUCAUGGAAUUCGAAACUUGUGCGUGACUGGAAAUUGCAAAUCCAUCCGCAAACUAAAUCUGGAGAAUUGCAACAAAAUAACUAUCAAAGGAAUUCAAUUGGCUCUCGACAAUUUACCCCAAUUAAGGACAUUGUGCCAUGAAUGUCUACUAGAGGGCUUGGCUGAAAUCGCUCAAUCUGCGACAGAUCAAAAUUUAGACCUUCCUCAAUAUUCCUUGUCGACGCUAUACGUUCUCUACCACACGGUCUACAAAAGUGGCAGCCUGCGACAAUCUGUGCUGCUGUGUCCCAAUGUGACAGAAGUGUAUCUAUACAUACGACAAGAAGGAUUUAAAGACACUGAUCUUUUAAGCUUGCUAUUAUUGGAAAAACUCUACACUAUUGCAAUCACUCACGCUGUGUAUGAACCUAUACAUGGAGCAGAAAUUCGAAUCUAUGGUGGCCUGACGUUUGAUGGCGUUGUUCCGCUUCUGAAAAAAUUUGGAAACAUUCUCAAGAGAAUCAAGUUCGGAGAGUUUCUUGUUGUCGAUAUACCAACCAUCUUCAAGUUUUGCCUAAAUCUGGAAUCUUUGACUCUUUGUUUCUCUAAGACGACCCAGUCUACUGAAACCGAAGUAGAGCGGCCUAUAUUACGAAAUCUUAAAACACUAAUUGUAAGCUGCUCAACAAUUUCGUCUGAAAAUCUCGUUGCACUGUUGUCAUCCCCUUCACUUGUAUACGUAUCCAUGAGAAGCUGUGAUGCACUCAAUGAUAAUGUAUUUUACAGAGCUGCUAAUCUCCAUUCCUUCUGUAAUCUUGAGCAUUUGCACAUCUCUUGGUGUCAUUCUGUUACCAAAAACGGGAUUGAAAUUUUUUUAGAAGAAUCUAACCCAUUAAGAGAAAUCGUUUUGCAUUGCCGUGAGGAUUUGGGUUCCAGAAUUACGCGUGAAGAUGUCGCCAAUUGGAACGAGACUGCGAUUUGGAUUAAGAAAAAUUGGCGAUUCAAUUUUAUUCUUCAGUCUUCGUGCCGAAAUAUAUUUUUAGGCGGGUACAAAUGGGAACGAAGGAGAGGCGAAUUCUGAUCUGUUUUGGCUCCCCGAAAUAAAUAAAAAAAUACUUUCUUUCAAAAA